AGCUAGCCUGUGUAAGCCCGGUAUCAGUCUGGCUUCCAGGUUAUAAAGCCUACGCAGGGUUGUACACAAAAGGCGGGAUAUCGCAUGUCGGGUUACGCGUCCCGUUGCUAAGCAAGCCGUGGCGCCUAGCGACAGCCUUUUCACUCGCGGCGACCUGUGACCUCGGUACACCUGUCCUGCCGUCAGGUUUGGGCAAGAUCGGAGCAGUAGUUCCUAGUUGUCUACCGGUACCUGUUAGUCGUAUAUAACACAGCAAAAAGGGAAUGAUAAGGUGACAAUGUGAGGUUAUCAUCGCAAGGAUAAAACAACUAUGUUCAAAGCUGCUACACCAAUUGGCCGGGGGUCUAGGGCGUCCACAGCCCCAGCUGCACCGGGUACAACUCUGACGUCAGGGAGAUCGUCUCAGCUGGGGGCAAAGGCAGGGACAGCCCGCAGGCUAUUCACGCCAAACCAAAGAGUGAGAUUCCCUGUGAUCCCGGCGUCCUACGGCCCGACUCCGCCGAGCUCCGCAUCCUUCAGUCCUCCCGGGUCUACACAGUACUCCCCGCCCAGGUCCAAACCGGUCACUCCGCAAGGUUUCCAACAAAUCACGCCACCUGGGUCUAAACAGGUGAGCCCGCCUGGAUCUUACCAGGUGACUCCACCUAGAUCCAAACAGGUGACCCCACCUGGAUCCAAACAGGUGACCCCACCUGGAUCCAAACAGGUGAGCCCGCCAGGAUCCAAACCUGUUAGUCCACCUGGCAAGUCGGCGUCACCUGACGUGGACCUCCCGUCCAGCAGGACAACACCCGGGAGUCGGCAAUCACUGGAUGAUUUCUUCCCCAAGAAACCACAGAUAUUUUGGUACGACCGGUACGGUUUCCCCAAGCACCUGGAGGUGAAGAAGUGCCGCCGCUCACACACGGUUGACCUGCUGUCCGACUCCACACAGGUGUUCCCAGAGGCUUACAUCUUCCAGCCUUAUUUGUUUAACAGGAAAGACGGCAGAAAUCAUCCCCCUGGAAGUACAGAGUAUGACUCGCGAUUCAAGUGGGUGCCCUCCCCCUUCUACCGACAGCACUGGUUCCAGAUGAAACUGGUCGAGAGAGCAAAGAAUCCUCCACGGCAUCCUUGGUCACCUUCCACGGUAGUGGAGUCCGUUCAGGAUGGAGCACCUGCUGCUAUGACGUCACCUGCUGAACAGGCUGUGCCGCCAGACGUCGCUGUGUCUGGUUCUGCGGGACCGGCCACGCCGCCAAAGGUCGCUUUUGUGGCAACUCCCACUGUGAUCGCCACGCCACAGGAAGUGGCGGUGGCUGCGCAGAGGUGUUCAACGUAG